AUGGGCAAUGCCUCCAAUGAUUCCCGGCCCGAGGACUGCGAGACGCGCCAGUGGCUCCCCUCGGGCGAGAGCCCCGCCAUCAGCGCGGUGAUGUUCUCGGCCGGGGUGCUGGGGAACCUCAUCGCGCUGGCGCUGCUGGCGCGCCGCUGGCGGGCGGACGCGGGGCGCAGCGCGGGCCGCGGGACCUCGCUCUCGCUCUUUCACGUGCUGGUGACCGAGCUGGUGUUCACCGACCUGCUCGGGACCUGCCUCAUCAGCCCGGUGGUGCUGGCUUCGUACGCGCGGAACCAGACCCUGGUGGCGCUGGAGCCCGACGGCCGCGCGUGCACCUACUUCGCCUUCGCCAUGACCUUCUUCAGUCUGGCCACGAUGCUCAUGCUCUUCGCCAUGGCCCUGGAGCGCUACCUGUCCAUCGGGCACCCCUACUUCUACCAGCGCCGCAUCACGCGUCGCGGGGGCCUGGCCGUGCUGCCCGCCAUCUACGCCGCCUCGCUGCUCUUCUGCUCCCUGCCGCUGCUGGACUACGGGGAGUACGUGCAGUACUGCCCGGGGACGUGGUGCUUCAUCCGGCACGGGCGCACCGCCUACCUGCAGCUCUAUGCCACCCUGCUGCUGCUGCUCAUCGUGGCCGUGCUCGCCUGCAACCUCAGCGUCAUCUGCAACCUUACACGUAUGCACCGCCGCGCCCGCAGGAGCCGCUGCGGACCCUCGUCGUCGGGCAGCGGCCGCGGCGGCCCCGGGACCCGCAGGAGGGGCGAGAGGGUGUCGGUGGCGGAGGAGACGGACCACCUCAUUCUCCUGGCCAUCAUGACCAUCACCUUCGCCGUGUGCUCCUUGCCUUUCACGAUUUUUGCAUAUAUGAAUGAAACUUCCUCCCGAAAAGAAAAGUGGGACCUCCAAGCUCUUAGGUUUUUAUCAAUUAAUUCAAUAAUCGACCCUUGGGUCUUCGCCAUCCUCAGGCCUUCUGUUCUGAGACUCAUGCGCUCGGUCCUCUGCUGUCGAGUGUCGUUAAGAACACAAGAUGCAGCGCAAACUUCCUGUUCCACGCAGUCAAACGCCAGUAAGCAGGCUGACCUUUGCGGACAAUAGCUAAGGCGUGCUUAGUUCUGCAGCAUCUGGAAGAUCAUUUUGAAACGACUCCUUGGAGAAAUGCAGCAAGUUAGUGUGUCAACAAAAUGAAGCUGCCCUGAUAAAACGGGGUAAACAAGCAUGUAAGCAGUGGAUUGGGCUGCAAAGGUGCUGACGAGGCUCUUCAGGGAAGGUGUCAGAAGAAUUUAUACAAUUUAUCCUCAAGGAGCCCAUGAUGCGGCCUCUGGAGGAACAAGUGGCUGCCUUUAAGAUCCAGUGGCCUUUUGAUUUCAGCUUUCCUGUUGAACGACCAAGCGUGUGGUUUUGUAAUCUGUUUAGUUCUUUAAAUAGUUUCUGCCUUUUCUAUUUUAAUCUCCUAUGCCACUACUGAUAUGAGCAAACAUACGGUGUACAGUCAGACCUAACGAAGCUUCGUAUGUGUUCUCUAGGAAGUCGCUGUGUAGAAGCAGGGAAGCAGCCAGGGCUGGACAGGCUGACGUCUUGGAGGAGUUUAAUGGACCCUUUGUUUGGACAGUGAAUUUGAAAAAUCAUUGGCGCCUUGGCUGUGCUGCUUGUCUGUGUGGGAGUCCUCCCUCGUCACUACGGGACUACUCGUGCCAGAGUGGGUGCAGGUGCUUAACAUCAGUUUUGUUCACUCGUCUUCCAGGAGCUAUGUGCAUCAACUUGUCGGGUUAUUUAUUUCAUAAUCUCCAUUGUACUCAUAUUAAUCAAGAAGACUUCAGACAGCUUCCAUGAGAAAGGAAAUAAUAAAAAGGUUGUUCAGAGA